AUGGGAGAUCGCGGAGGAAGGCCACCAGGUCAGGAGGCCAGACACUUUAAGGUGCUAAAGGAGUUGGGAAAAGCGCCGGGGGGCUAUAGCCACCGAGAAUGCCGGUUUUGCAGGGCUGCCUACGACAACGAUACUACCACAACACCGCCGCAGGUCAUAAUCGGCAGAGCACGUAACUACAAGAGCCAUCUCGCUAAAUGCACGUACUACAAAGCAGCACAAAUUCCUGCACCUUCACCCUGUACACCUAUCAAGUCUGGUCUUGUAACUACCGCCGCAGAUACAAGCCCUGCACUCUCUAGCGAAACCACCCCGAAGCCACCCCAGCCUUCUGCUCCGACAGCAGCUCAGCUUCCUAUCGGUGGUGUUACAGCAGCUUCCAUUAAAUCUCGUGCCCGACGCGUAUUGGUUCUGGAACAGAAACGAUCCCCUCGCAAGAGUUUACACACGUUGCUACCGACGAUGCUGGGCAAUGCGGACGAGCUCGCAGAAUCCUAG